GGGGCUCUGCUUGUUUGCGUUCCACAUCUUACUUGUAGACAUCCGAGAAUUUGUUUUUCCGCGUAUCCCGUUAGACCCAAACUCAGGGCAGCCUGCGAGUUUUUUUUUUUUAGCCCAUAUGUCAUUUUUUUUUUAUAAGGUUUGACGUUUCUCAAAUCCUUAUCAUUUCAAAACAUCUACAUGAAAAGUUUGAGGCAGUUACGACGUCAUAGGAAAACGUUAGAGCGUUAAAGUUAAAGCCCACUUCACUCAUCCUGUCGAUAUGUUGUUUUUUCGAGAAAAUCGGGUCAGUGUCGGUAUUUGGACGUACUCAUCAUCAUCCUCAACAGCCGAACCGAUCCAGGCUGCCGUUCCCCCCUCCGUGCAGCUCGGGCUCACAGUACUUUACACGGUCCUGUACUCGCUGCUUUUCGUGUUUGUUUACCUGCAGCUCUGGCUCAUUCUGCGCUACGGACACAAGCGCUUCAGCUACCAGAGUGUUUUUCUCUUUCUCUGUUUGCUGUGGUCGGCUCUGAGGACGACGCUCUUCUCCUUCUACUUCAAAAAUGUUGAGCAGGCGAACCAGCUGAAGCCUCUGCCUUUCUGGCUCCUGUAUUGUGUUCCAGUCUGCUUGCAGUUCUUCACCCUAUGUCUGCUCAACCUUUAUUUUGCACAGGUGAUCUUCAAAGCCAAAGCUAAAUAUUCCCCAGAACUCAACAAGUACAAGGUGCCCCUGCGCUUAGGCUUUCUGCUGGCCAGUAUUUUUUUCCUUGUCGUGAACUUGACAUGUACCAUGCUGGUCCAGGGAGGGGCCAGUGAGAGCGAAGUGAAGGAUGCCGUGCUGGCACGCGUGCUAGUUAACGACAGCCUUUUUGUAGUCUGUGCAAUCUCGCUCGCCGUCUGCAUCUUCAAGAUCGCCAAAAUGUCAUCUGCCAACGUCUACCUGGAGUCAAAGGGGACAUCAGUCUGCCAGGCCACUGCAAUUGGGGCAGCAAUUAUCCUCCUCUACACCUCCAGAGCCUGUUAUAACCUGGUAGUGGUGGCUCUGUCUCCUGAAGAUCGGCCCAGCCCGUUCAAUUUUGGCUUGUACAAUAUUUCUGACCAGGCUGAUGCAGAGAAGAUCAAUGGAGAAGCCUACAUAGUCUUUGGAAUCAUCCUGUUCUUCUGGGAGCUGCUGCCAACCAGUCUGGUUGUGUUGUUCUUCAGAGUGCAGCGGCCCAAUCAAAACCUGGUGGCUGGCGGUAUGAUCAACAGUCAUAGCUUUAAUUCCAGGGCGUAUUUCUUCGAUAACCCUCGCCGCUAUGACAGUGACGAUGACCUGUCUCGAAAUGCAAAUUUACGAGGAGAGAGAUGCAGCAGUACCCUGUCGUCAACACCACAAAUGGGCCCCAGUUGGUACGGCUCGAUCCAGAGGAACAGCAGCCUUACGGGGAUCCCUCACCUGCUGAACAGUCCCCAAACAUCAACCGCCCCUCUUCUUUUCGCUUCUGGCAACAUUGAGACCAAUCAACACCACAACUACUAUUCCACCCCACAGAACUACUACUCAACCUCCUAGAC